AUGCCUGCACUAAAACUUCUGCAGUAUCCAGCACUCCUGCAGCAUCCGGCUCACUCCUGCAGGUCUCUUUUUGAGGUCUUUUCUUACUUCCUCUCUUUCUCUUUUCGUCAUCUAGGGGCUUGGCUGACGAUUAAGCAGAAAAUGCAUUCCCUGUCUCUUUCGUCUUGGUAUAACAGCAUUUUCACUCAAGAUGGUCUGUUCUUUCUUUCUUUUCCCUCUCAUGCUUUGUUUAAGGGCUUGGUGACAGUUGAAACUGCUUUCUUUCUCUUCGAUAUAGCAGCGUUCCGCAUACGUCGUAAAACGGGUCCAUCCAUUCGACUGGGAGACCAAUUCUCCUCACAAUUUCACAAACACAUCUUUUCAGCCCAUAUGCCAAGACAUUUGCCAGACAUUCUACCAGCCCACAGGCCGAGGCCAAAACUAACUUUUCCAUUUCACUAUUCGUUUCUGUUUUCUUCUUGUCACGUGGCUUUCUUCAUCAAAAUAGUUUUCUUUCUUUAUACCCUCUUCUCACUGUUCAUUUUCUCUUUGAUCAUUAUAUCUCUCACCUUUUCCUUUUUCUCUCUCAUCAUUUUCUUUAUUUCUUUUCCUAACUUUAUCUCUCACACUAUCUUUGGAUAUCUUACCUCCCCUCUUCAUUAUCCAUCUUUCUCUUUUCCUAACUUUAUCUCUCACACUAUCUUUGGAUAUCUUACCUCCCCUCUUCAUUAUCCAUCUUUCUCUUUUCCUAACUUUAUCUCUCACACUAUCUUUGGAUAUCUUACCUCCCUCUUCAUUAUCCAUCUUUCUCUUUUCCUAACUUUUUAUAUCUCUCACACUAUCUUUUGGAUAUCUUACCUCCCCCUCUUCAUUAUCCAUCUUUCUCUUUUCCUAACUUUAUCUCUCACACUAUCUUUGGAUAUCUUACCUCCCCUCUUCAUUAUCCAUCUUUCUCUUUUCCUAACUUUAUCUCUCACACUAUCUUUGGAUAUCUUACCUCCCCUUCAUUAUCCAUCUUUCUCUUUUCCUAACUUUUAUCUCUCACACUAUCUUUGGAUAUCUUUACCUCCCCUUUCAUUAUCCAUCUUUCUCUUUUCCUAA